AUGGUAAAACAGGACCAACAACACAAUGGAGGGAAAUGGUACAAUAGGACCAACAACACUAUUGAGGAAAAUGGUACAACAGGACCAACAACACUACUGAAGGUUUUGAAGGGAUCACAAGUCAACAAUGAUGGGAAAUGGUACAAUGAUAAAGAGGACCUGAGACCACCAAUCAACGAUGACGGGAAAUGGUACAACGAUAAAGAGGACCUGAGACCACCAAUCAACGAUGACGGGAAAUGGUACAACGAUAAAGAGGACCUGAGACCAAUUAUCAACAAUGAUGGGAAAUGGUACAAUGAUAAAGAGGACCUGAGACCACCAAUAAAGGAUGACAGGAAAUGGUACAACGAUAAAGAGGACCUGAGACCACCAAUCAACGAUGAAGGGAAAUGGUACAACAAUAAAGAGGACCGGAGACCACCAAUCAAGGAUGACGGGAAAUGGUACAACGAUAAAGAGGACCUGAGACCACCAAUCAACGAUGACGGGAAAUGGUACAACGAUAAAAAGGACCUGAGACCACCAAUAAAGGAUGACGGGAAAUGGUACAACGAUAAAGAGGACCUGAGACCACCAAUAAAGGAUGACGGGAAAUGGUACAACGAUAAAGAGGACCUGAGACCACCAAUCAACGAUGACGGGAAAUGGUACACUGAUAAAGGGGACCGGAGACCACCAAUCAACGAUGACGGGAAAUGGUACAACGAUAAAGAGGACCUCGGACCACCAAUAAAGGAUGACGGGAAAUGGUACAACGAUAAAGAGGACCAGAGACCACCAAUCAAGGAUGACGGGAAAUGGUACACCGAUAAAGAGUACCGGAGACCACUAAUCAAGGAUGACGGGAAAUGGUACAACGAUAAGAGGACCUGAGACCACCAAUCAACGAUGGCGGGAAAUGGUACAACGAUAAAGAGGACCUCGGACCACCAAUAAAGGAUGACGGGAAAUGGUACAAUGAUAAAGAGGACCAGAGACCACCAAUCAAGGAUGACGGGAAAUGGUACACCGAUAAAGAGUACCGGAGACCACCAAUCAAGGAUGACGGGAAAUGGUACAACGAUAAGAGGACAUGAGACCACCAAUCAACGAUGGCGGGAAAUGGUACAACGAUAAAGAGGACCUGAGACCAAUUAUCAACAAUGAUGGGAAAUGGUACAAUGAUAAAGAGGACCUGAGACCACCAAUAAAGGAUGACAGGAAAUGGUACAACGAUAAAGAGGACCCGAGACCACCAAUCAAUGAUGAAGGGAAAUGGUACAACAAUAAAGAGGACCGGAGACCACCAAUCAAGGAUGACGGGAAAUGGUACAACGAUAAAGAGGACCUGAGACCACCAAUCAACGAUGACGGGAAAUGGUACAACGAUAACGAGGACCUGAGACCACCAAUAAAGGAUGACGGGAAAUGGUACAACGAUAAAGAGGACCUGAGACCACCAAUAAAGGAUGACGGUAAAUGGUACACCGAUAAAGGGGACCGGAGACCACCAAUCAACGAUGACGGGAAAUUGUACAACGAUAAAGAGGACCUCGGACCACCAAUAAAGGAUGACGGAAAAUGGUAAAACGAUAAAGAGGACCAGAGACCACCAAUCAAGGAUGACGGGAAAUGGUACACCGAUAAAGAGUACCGGAGACCACCAAUCAAGGAUGACGGGAAAUGGUACAACGAUAAGAGGACCUGAGACCACCAAUCAACGAUGACGGGAAAUGGUACAACAAUAAAGAGGACCUGUAACCAAUUAUCAACAAUGAUGGGAAAUGGUACAACGAUAAGAGGACCUGAGACCACCAAUCAAAGAUGACGGGAAAUGGUACAACGAUAAGAGGACCUGAGACCACCAAUAAAGGAUGACAGGAAAUGGUACAACGAUAAAGAGGACCCGAGACCACCAAUCAACGAUGACGGGAAAUGGUACAACGAUAAAGAGGACCAGAGACCACCAAUCAAGGAUGACGGGAAAUGGUACACCGAUAAAGAGUACCGGAGACCACCAAUCAAGGAUGACGGGAAAUGGUACAACGAUAAGAGGACCUGAGACCACCAAUCAACGAUGACGGGAAAUGGUACAACAAUAAAGAGGACCUGUAACCAAUUAUCAACAAUGAUGGGAAAUGGUACAACGAUAAGAGGACCUGAGACCACCAAUCAAAGAUGACGGGAAAUGGUACAACGAUAAGAGGACCUGAGACCACCGUUCAUCGAUGAUGGGAAAUGGUACAACGAUAAGAGGACCUGAGACCACCAAUAAAGGAUGACAGGAAAUGGUACAACGAUAAAGAGGACCCGAGACCACCAAUCAACGAUGACGGGAAAUGGUACAACGAUAAAGAGGACCUGGGACCAAUUAUCAACAAUGAUGGGAAAUGGUACAACGAUAAGAGGACCUGUAACCAAUUAUCAACAAUGAUGGGAAAUGCUACGACGAUAAAGAUGACCGGAAACCACCAAUCAACGAUGACGGGAAAUGGUACAAUGAUAAAGAGGUCCUUUGAUAAUCAAUUAAUGAUGAUUUGAAUAGUAUGUUGAUAGAGGACAGCAGACUAUUGAUUGAUAAUGACAGGUUAUAGUACUCUAAUGUAUGUUUUCUUCUCAAUAUCUGUUAUAGUUAGAUUACUUCAAAAAUAUUGUUAAACGAUUGUCUUAUUGUUUAACAAACGUUUAAAAAAUAAUUCUUGUUUUGUUUUAACUGUCUGUGAUGAAGGACAAGGCUUGCUGGAGCAACCAAGCGAUCAGGAAAAUCUUGGCUGCAUUAGGUUCACCUGAAAGAGAAGACUUGAUGUCAUCAAUAGUCAGAGCAUUUAUCCCAAAUGGAAGAAUGAAGACAUUACAUUGAUCAUGUAUUACUAUUUACUAUAAUUAGGGUAAAGAAUUAAAUGUUUUUGAUUAGUUUUAUUAAGGUUCAGUAAAAAGUGAGAAAUUCAUGUUUGUACAUUAUCAGGGAAAAUUCAGGGAGAUAAAAGCAUUUUCAACAGUAUUUAAAUGUUUCCUGUGGCAAAUUCGUAAAAUUAAAAAAAAAGUUUUGUCUAGAGGAACCCUCCAAUUUCUCAAUUGUAAAAUUUUGAAGUUUGUUUUUAAGUUCUUGAAAAUAAAUCCUGUUUCAUGUAUUAAA